AAUAUGUUGAUUGCUUAUCAAACGAGAGAGGAACUCACAGGCUAUGAUCCUAGUGAUCCUGAAAAUGCAGAGGCACCAAUUCCUGACGUUGAUACAUUGGAAUUGUCAAGUACUUCUGCCGAACAAGCGUUGGAAGGUGUGCGCCGUUCAGGAAUGAAAUCCUCGCCAAGAAACAAGAGGGGUCUUGACAAGCAAAGCCAGCCUCAACUAAAGUACAUGGAACGCCGCCGAAAGCAUGGUGGAGUCGAUGUAAAACAGGUUUUGAAAGAAUCAAAUGCUUCAUUGCUUAAAGUUAAACAUGGCAAACGAAUGUUCCAAAUGCUGAGUGAUGAACUCUGUGAUAAGAUCAAUCAAUUUUGGGAGAAACGAGACUAUUUUGAGCAACGCAGAAAAACGGAACUUUUGCCUCCACAAAGGAAAUACUUGGAUAUCGCCUAUCGUAGACCAUCGGAGGUGCAAACUACUGGUAUGAAAUUAUUAGUUUGA